AUGACCGAUGCUAGUAGUGAAGGAGAGCGAGGCACAUCAUCCACCCUAGAUGAGUCAGAUCCAGAACUAUACUAUGAGGAAAGCGAAGAGGAUGAUGAGAGUGAGAAUGAGAGCCACUUCGAAACUUCAGAGACCAGCAGCAUCCUGUCUGAUGACUCUGUUUACCCUGUGUAUGAACAUGCUGCCUCCACCGAUAAUGAUGGCGUGGAGCUCACGUUCUACCAGCGCUGUCUCAAGAACGAUGCAAAGCUGUUACUGGAGAAAAUUGACAGGGGGGUGACCCAGGAGGAAGUCAUGGAACUUGACAUCAAUGGACGGAAUGGUCUAUUGGUGGCAUGUUUCAAGGGCUUCGUAGACAUUGUCAUUGUUCUCAGCAAAUGCCCCUACAUAGAUAUCAAUCAUCAGGAUAACGAUGGAAACACGGCACUCAUGGUAGCAGCUCAGGCAGGACACAUCACUAUUCUUAACUAUCUCCUGAACUACUACCCAGAACUAGAGCUUGAGAAGCGAGACCUCCGGGGCCUGACGGCGCUCAUGAAGGCAGCGGUGCAAGGGAGGAACGAUUGUGUUGCAGCUUUGCUCAUGGCAGGAGCUGACCUGGCGGCAGUGGACCCAAUAAAAGGAAACACAGCACGGGAAUGGGCAGCCUUGACUGGGCGCUUUGAAACUAUCAUACGGAUCCGAACCCUUCUGGAGCGCCCUUGUGCCGAGCAAUUCUCUAGCAAGUACUUGCCCCAGUGGCCUGCGCUGCCGCAGUUGGUGGCACAAGCCCUAGCCACCAAAUCCAGAGCCCAGCGGCUGUCGGAUAAAAUCUGUGGCACCUUCAAGAUCAAUUUUCCACACGACCCCGAGCCAGAUGGUGUGAUGGAUCACAUGGUGCGCAUGACCACUUGCUUGGCCAGCCCGUUUGUGGGCACUGCUUGCCAAACUGUCUGCCCCGACAGCCCACCAGAAGUGGGCAAGCAGAGACUCUCAGUGCCGGAGAUCCUCCAGGAAUACACACCAGAUCCUGAUGCCAAAUCCUCCGCCGGCGAGUCAUCCUGCAACGGCCAGCUCAUGACGCCGACCCGGGUCCUGGUGCCCUACAAACAACCCAGUACCAUUGUGAAGAUCCUGUCCUUUCCCCUGCGCAUCCACCGCAACAGCGUCUUCCCCGGGGGGGUCCCCAAAAUCCAACUCACCAAGUCGCCUGCCCAGUCGGUUCCCAAAGAUAACAAGCCUCAGCACUCCAAGGACAAGAACAAGCUGGAGUUGCCAAAGUGGCGGUACAAGGAGCUCAAGGAGCAGAAGAAGAAAGCAGAAGAAGAAUCAGGGAAGCCCAAGAAAGAGAAGGGCAAGGGCAGGGGGAAAGGCAAAGGCAAAGGCAAAAGGUCAUAA